AUGAAGACAUUGAUUCUGUUGAUCGGCGUACUAGCCGCGGUGGUUGCCACAUCCGUGGACCUCUCCAAAGUAAAACGUGUCGAGGAGUUGGACUCGUUUUGGUCUCAAUUGGCACCGCAACUUCAGCUGCUACGUCCCACGCGAAAUGGUUCCGAAAGUCGAAUCGUCAACGGGCAAGAAGCUCAACCGGGUCAAUUUCCCUACCAAGCACUGGUGUUGACCUUCUUCGCGGAUGGAAACAGCGGAUUGUGUGGUGGAACUGUAUUGACGCAAAAUUUCGUACUUACUGCUGCUCACUGCGUUGUAAUCGGUACUUUGGCCACUCAUGGUACUGCGAUUCUCGGCGCCCAUAAUCGCCAAGUGCAGGAACCAACCCAGCAAAGGAUCGACUUUGCUUCGAUUAACGUUCAUCCUAGUUAUAUCGCAUCGCUCCUUCGCAAUGACAUUGCCACCGUACGCCUUGCCAGUCCUGCCGUAUUCAACAAUGUUGUACAACCGAUUGAUCUUCCUGCGCUGUCCGAUACCAGAACCUUCGCCGGAAUGACCGGCUACAUCUCCGGCUUCGGACGGACUUCAGACGAAACGGGAUCACCAGCUUCCGAUGUGGUGAUGUACACCAGCAAUCCGAUUCUGACCAACGCCGACUGUCAAUCGGUUUGGAAUGCCAUCAUUAUUCAGGCACAGAACAUUUGCCUGUCCGCCGAAGGUGGACGCUCGGUUUGCAAUGGGGAUUCCGGUGGCCCUCUCGCCAUUCGGGAAAAUGGACGCAGUCUACAGGUCGGUAUCUCUUCGCUGGUACAUGCCUCCGGAUGUGCGUCCGGUUUUCCGGCUGGAUUCGUUCGUAUUACCCACUACCUGUCGUGGAUUGCUGAGAAUUCGGACGUUGUUUUGCGCAAUUAA